AUGCUUCGUUUCGCUGUCUUCUCUUUGGUCUCGUUUGCCAUCAUCUUCAGCUGCAUGGGACAAAUGUUCCAAUAUUCCCGAGGUUGGACAAAUGGCAAGAGGUCAUCAUCUCAUCUCCACGCCGAUCCAGCAAUUGCUGAAAUAUUCGAAGUUCCAUCAGAGUCCGAGAGGAGAUUGGAAAAAUGUAUUAUUCAAUUACAACGUUUCAUCAAUAAUCCAUACCUAAUCCGACCAUCAUAUGCCACCAUUGGCAAUAGCAACCUUUUCGCCAACGGAAAUGGUGGCAGUGGCAACAGCAUUCGCCAUCAAUCAAAUGAAAUUUUUGAAGAUUUGGCAGCUUCAGAGUCUGGUGAGUUCGCUACAAAGCACAAUUGA